AUGAACUGCUUGUGCUGGGGAGACGCCGAGCGCACGCGCAAGCUCAAGCAGGCGCUGCAGACGCCCAAGGUGCCGGACUUCGACUCGCCCAAGAAUGACAGCGACACUUGCUCCGGAGGCCGCACGAGCUGCUCAAGCAGCCACGACAUCUGGGACGACGACGACGUGUCCACGGCCAGCAGCGACGACGUCGGCUCCGUCUCCAGCUCGAGCUCGAGCUCAAAUAGCUCUGACAGCACAAGCUCCAGCCCCAGAAGCUCGCCCGUCUCCAAGAAGAAAGCACAGACGGCGGAGCCUCUGCAGCUCGCGCUCGAGGCGUGCCACGCCAAUUGGACGGAGAAGAGGACCGACAGACAGAAGACCCUGCAGCAGCCGCCACUGCCCAGCGGAUCGCCCGUGAACCACCGGAUGAAGGACCAGGUGGCCUAUUUGAAGAUCCUGCGCAGUGCAGCCUUCGGUUUGCGUCGGGUCGUGCCCAUUGUGGUCCCGGCCGAGCUGUCACCCCCCAACGAGUACGACCUGCGCAGCACUAACGGUCUCAUGAAAUGUGUCAACGCCAUUGCGCCGCUGCCGACGCCCGAGCAACUGAGUGCCAAGCACCUCGUGAUCAACGAGCUGCAGCGGAUCGUCGACAUCUGGCUGCGUCGCACUCUGGACGCGCUCGAAGGAGCUACUGAGACCAAGUCGACGGAGACCGCCACGCUGCUGCUGGGGGGCAGUUGGCACCUCAAGGUCGGCAUGGCCGAGUCGGAUCUGGACGUCGUGGCCUUCAUGCCGCACGCUAUCACGUCCGAGAUCUUCUUCAGCUCAUUGUGUGAACACCUGGGCAAGGAGGCGUCAGUGUCGGACCUCGUUGCGAGGAGGAAGGCCGCGGUUCCGGUGCUGUCGUUCCAGCUCAGCAGCGUGCGCGUGGACUUGCUGUUCGCGCGCUACGCCCAGAAGCAGGCCGUGCCUAAGCACCUGCCGUUCCUGCCUGGAGACGACGUGCAGGUCAUGCGCGGCAUGGACGCGACCUCGGUGCGUUCGUUGUCGGUGGCCCGCGUGGCCUCGCUCAUUCUCGAGCUGGUGCCCAACGCCAGCGUUUUCCGGUCGACUCUGCGCGUGAUCCGCCUAUGGGCCCGACGCCGCGGCCUGUACUCGAACAAGGCCGGCUACCUCGGAGGCAUCUCGUGGGCGCUGCUGGUCUGCUUCGUGUGCCAAAUGUUCCCGCGCGCGAGCGUGGCGUCGCUCGUGCAUCGGUUCUUCUCGGUGCUCGCUUCCUGGCGCUGGCCGACGCCCAUUCUGGUGGCCCACCCGUCCAACGGCGGCAAGGUCGACAACGGCGUUCAAUGGGACCCGGCGCACAACAUCCACGACCGCGCGCACCUCAUGCCGAUCAUCACGCCGGGCUUCCCUGCGGUCAACACCGCUGUAAAUGUAAACCUAUCGACGCUGCGCGUGCUGCGCGAGGAGUUCGCGCGCGGCCAGCGCAUCAUGGACGACCUGCGUCGUCGCAGUCUGAGCCACCCGUCGUCGUGGAACCAGCUCUUCACCCCGACUGAGGUGCUUGUACGAUACGACCACCACAUCGCCAUCGAGCUGCGUGCACCGAACGAGGAAGCGCUGGCCGAGUGGUCGAGCUUCGUGGCCAGCCGCACCCGAAAGCUAGUGGAGACCUUGCAGCACACACCGUCGGUGGCCACCCUCCACCCUCUUCCCGAGAUCGUCCGACCUCAGGCAGCCCAAGCCAAGGAGGACGAGGUCGUCGGCUACUACUUUAUUGGAUAUACUAUCAACACCCCACCGCUGCCGCAGCCCAGGCGUGGAGAGCGCAGACAUUCCGCUCGAGCUCCCGCCCCCAAAGCUUCCAGCAACGAGGAGCUCGCUAAGAACUGCGUGGCUUCGGCGACCCGGUACUUCCUCGCGACGGAGCUGGACGCUGCGGCUGAGAAGAAACCUGGCAUGGAAGUGGAGAUCAACUACCGCUCGUGGAACGACCUGCCCAGCACGGUCUUCGCUGGCGGCCGCACUGCCGCUAUCGGCGAGCGUGCGAGGUUUAUUCUCAGCCAAGCGCAUCAUGUGAAUCUCGCUCUGGGCCUGGCUCGUUAG